AUGAGCUCGCCUCUGAAUGAAGCUUCAGACACAUCAAACUCAUCAGUUCGAAAACGGGUAGUUCAUAUUGACCCACUAGAAAUCACACAAUCACUAGGAUUCCAAACGUUUAGAAAAGGCGCAAGAAAGCCAUGGACGAAGGAAGAAGAUUCCAAGUUGUCGUCUUUAGUAGCAACAGAGUACCCUAAACCUAUUGAUGUGGAAAAAGUAAACUGGGAUUCCAUUGCAGAGACUUUGUUUCCGGAUGGCUUUAGAAAGGGCAAGGAAUGUCGGAAGAGAUGGUGUAAUUCAUUGAAUCCAACUUUACGGAGGGGAAAAUGGAGCAAGGAAGAAGACGAGAAAUUGGUGAGAGCAUUUGAAAAAUAUGGAGCCUCAUGGUUAAAAGUAUCGCAAGAAAUUGAAGGACGCACAGAUGACCAAUGUGCGAAACGAUAUAUGGAAGUUUUGGACCCCAGUACAAAGAACCGUUUAAAGCCAUGGUCCAUGGAAGAGGAUUUGAGGUUGAUCCAGCAGAUAAAAAUUCAUGGCACGAAAUGGAGGACCAUAAGCAACGGAUUUGAAGGAAGGCCGUCCUUGACUUGUCGGAAUAGAUGGAGAAAGCUCGUGACAGAUGUGGUUAGAGGAAAAGCCGAUCCAUUGAUCAAACUGCAAGUAGAAAAUGUAACGCAGAAAAAUAUGGAUGAUGAAUCUAACGAAGAUAAUAUUUUAGAAGUUUUGUCAAAGAAACAACAGGAAUUGACAGAAAGCAAUAAGGAAACUGGACCCAAGAAUAGUAAACGCCCUAAAAAAUUAAAAAGAGACCCCGAUUUACUGCUGAACACGCCAAGACCGACAAGUGUUAAUACUCCUGCCAACGAGCAAAGUCGCACUGAAGUAGAGUGGAGAUACACAUUGACGCCCGAUGGAAAUAAGCAGGCAAGAGUUGGAGAAGAUGGCUAUUUUUCCAGGAACAAUAUUUUUGGUGAAGAGAACGGAGGAGUAAUCAAGAAUCAACAGAUGGUACAGCAGCUUGUAUCGUAUGCGAAAAAAAGACAUUUGAAUAUCACCGUUCAUCAGCACAUUCACCAUCACUAUGCCUCUAACACCCAACAAGACACUAACAGUCGAACUCAGCCAAACCGAUUCAACGUUGAACCAGAAGAUCAACUGUCGCGUUUUCAACAUUUCAAUUAUUUACCACCACUAAUAGAGGUUCCCAAAUUGAACUCAUCACAAUCUUCUCCAAACAACAGCUCUUAUGAAGGUGCGAGUGGCACAACACCAACCACCACCCAAUUCCAUCACCACCAUCAUCACCACCACCAUCACCAUAACAACAAUGAAAAGGACCAGAGGACCAAGCCUGCUAGUACUAACGGAAGUGUUAUUCGAUCAACAACACCAGCAGAACUUGAUGGUACCAGGGAGUCUGAUCUUAUAAAAUUGUUGAACAAUACUGAUGAACUUAACAGAAGAGAAACAACUCCCAUCUCCAAUCCAUUAACACCCUUGGCACAAACUGUGGAAUAUGUAGAGGCAGAAGAAAAUCAAAAGCUCAAACGGAGAAAGUUGGGCCCUACUGUUGAGUCAAAUGCAGACAUGGUGAGCAAAGCCCAACAUCUCAACAAUGAUAAGAACCAUGACAUCCCCAGUGAGGAUGAAGAAGAGUUAGAUUUUUGGGAAACAAUGAGAAAUUUGACGGAGUUGCCCAAUAACACUUUGAAUAAUACCACUACCAAACCUACUGUUACUAGCAGCAAAAACAUCCUUUCUCACGACACUACUUACCACAAUAGCACCACGAGCUCCAAUAAUAGCAAGAUUCUCACUUCAACCCAGUUUUCCCAAAAGCCUGUAUCACAGCAUCACCCACUUCAUUACUAUAAUAGCAACACCAGAGAGAAUACACCGAAGCCUGUGCUAAUUCAAAGCCAAGCCCGGAAGGAAACAGGAAAUGCUCAAGGCAGCAACAACAAUGAAGGACAAGAAGAGGGAUUGGAUGAAGAAGAUAAGUUAUUGGCAAGAGAGGUGGCUGAAGUUGGCGUAGACCAAGAGACGUUGAACAGUUAUGGGUUGUUUUAUAAUGUGUAUACUCGAGAGGGCUCUACAUUUCCAGAAUUGCAACCUCAGCAAAGUUCACAACAACAACAGCAACAGCAGCAGCAGCAACAGCAAAAGUACUCGGCAUAUGACCAAUGGGGCGGUGGUUUUGGAAUGAUUCCAUUCAACCCAUCCUAG